AUGGCAACGUACUAUCAUGGUAAUUCUGAAAUUCAAUCUGGUGGCGGUGGCGGCGGUGCCGACGGACUUCAAACACUUGUUCUCAUGAAUCCAGGUUAUAUACAAUACUCAGACACGACACAGCAACCACAGGCUCAAUCUCAACCACCUUCUCACGCCGCGGCAUCCGGUAACUAUGUUUUUCUCAACUCGACUGCCGCUGAAAACAACUCCUUCUCACCUCACGCGCCGCCUUCCAACACACAACAAUUUGUCGGCAUCCCACUCAACCACCAGCACCAACAUCAAAUCCACGCCCACCACGAGGUUGUCCCUUCGUUGCAUGGAUUCCUUCCGCACAUGCAGUACAAUCAGUGGAACACAAUUGACCCUUCCACGGCGGCGCGUGAAACACCACGCGCUCAGCAAGGAUUGUCUUUGAGCCUAUCUUCCCAGCCGGCACGGUUUAUGUCUUUUCGAGAAGGUCAGGCGGGGGGUAUUUCCGGUGGCGGAUCGCCGUCUCCGGCUUCUGGUAUUACUAAUAACGGAAACUCCGGGAUUCAGGUUCUGAGUUCGAAAUAUUUAAGGGCGGCGCAUGAGCUUUUAGAAGAGGUUGUGAAUGUGAAUAGUGGUGUUGAAUUGGGGAAGAAGAACAAGAUGAAUAUCGGAGAAUCGUCAGGUGUUGGUAGUGGAGGAGAUGGUUCAAUUAUCGGCGGCGGUGAGGGAAGUGGCGGGAAGCGUAGCUCUGAGCUAUCAACGGCGGAGAGACAAGAAAUACAAAUGAAGAAAGCUAAGCUAAUUACAAUGCUUGAUGAGGUGGAGCAAAGAUACAGACAGUACCACCAUCAGAUGGAGGUUGUGGUUUCGUCCUUCGAGCAAGCAGCCGGAAUCGGUUCAGCCCGAGCCUACACUGCCCUCGCAUUGCAAACAAUUUCGAAGCAAUUUCGGUGUUUGAAAGAUGCAAUAACAGGACAAGUUAGAGGUAUAAAUAAGAGCUUGGGAGAAGAGGAUUGUUUUGGAGGUAAAAUAGAAGGUUCAAGGCUGAAAUAUGUUGAUCAUCAAUUGCGUCAACAACGUGCUUUACAACAGUUGGGAAUGAUCCAGCAUAAUGCUUGGAGACCCCAAAGAGGAUUGCCUGAAAGAUCUGUUUCUGUUCUUCGUGCUUGGCUCUUUGAACAUUUCCUUCACCCUUAUCCCAAGGACUCAGACAAGCACAUGCUUGCAAAACAAACAGGACUUACUAGGAGUCAGGUUUCGAAUUGGUUUAUAAAUGCUCGAGUUCGACUUUGGAAGCCAAUGGUGGAAGAAAUGUACUUGGAAGAAAUGAAAGAGAAUGAACUAAAUGCAUCAGAUGAUAAAUCAAGCAAGAGCAAUGAAGAUUCUUCAAUGAAAAUAACACCCUCUCAAGAGAAAGCUCUUAUUACCUCUGAAACAGAACCUAGAGGUUAUAAUUCAACACAAGACAUUUCAAAGAACCAAGAAACUCAAAUAAUUUCUGUUUCUAGACCACAAACAUCAUCACUUGUUGGAAAUGUUCGGAACAAUUCAGGUUUCAGUUUCAUAGGAUCGUCGGAACUAGAAGGUAUACCACAAACAAGUCCUAAGAAACCGAGGAAUCACGAACUCAUGCACACUCCUAAUAGUUUCAUUGAUGUGAAACACAACGAGGCAAGUAAUGAGCUGAAAUUUGGUGAUGAGAGACAAAGUAGAGACGGUUACUCUUUCAUGGGAAACCAAACAAAUUUCAUGGGUGGAUUUGGACAGUACCCGAUUGGCGAUAUUGGUAGGUUUGAUUCAGAACAAUUCACACCAAGGUUUUCAAGUAACGGUGUUUCGCUCACUCUUGGUCUUGAUUCAAUACAAGGAAAUCAUCAAACAUUUUUACCAAACCAAAAUAUUCAACUAGGAAGAAACAUUGAUAUAAGUGAAACAAAUGAGUUUGGUUCCAUAAACACUUCUUCUCCUCAAUAUGAGAGUAUCAACAUGCAAAAUCCAAAAAGGUUUGCUGCACAAUUGUUGCCUGAUUUUGUGGCAUAA